UAACAAAGGUGCCGGCAUGGCGACAUGGUCGAGGAGAUUGGGCAAUUGCAGACUUGCAGCAAAGCGCAAACAUCCAUGAGCAAGAGCAGGAGCACGCGCGACGGUCAGCAGCGACAGACUCGCCCCUGAUCCAUUCACACUCGCAGAUAGCGUACCGGGUCUGACGUCGAUUGCGGCGUCGAUUCUGGCAUUCCGUCUUUUCGCACGCACAAGGGGGACCGUUCAACUUGGCGCUCGACUUGUCAACACCCACAAUCGCGUCUCGACGUGAGAACUUAGAGGUUCGCAGGCGCCGCCCCGUUGCGUUACUCGACUACACGCUGCUGCACGUCAAGAAAGCCGUUGGCCGCUCCAUCGAUAAGGAGUCGUGAGUCUACAGGGGGCAGGGUGUGCGGCUUUUCUUCAUAAUGAAGACGUCGUCCGCCGCGCCUGCGGUUCCCAGGCCACUGUAUCCCUACCACCGCGACCACCACCACGACCCGGACCAGCUCGACAGCGACGACGAACUGGAGAAGCGCUUCCAAGACAGCAUCGGAUACACACUAGCCACCGAAGGAGGUGCCAAUUCAGCCAUGGGUGCCGCAGGGACUCUACAGAUAUGGCCCAAGCUGCACAUGGAGCCAUACCAGAACAUGCCCGACCUCGACAAGGCCAGAUUCAACCGCCUGCCCAGCGACCACUCGGAUCCUUUUUCGCAGCAGCCCGCCAGACGACGACCGACUCUGCACGCUGCCGUCAGUCAACCCAACCUGUAUUCAGCCUCGCGCAAGAACUCGAUCAAGACCGACGCCGCUCUGCCUCCGCCUAUUCCGCAAGCCCACCAGCGCAGCCACAGGGUCGACUUCUCUAGGCUCUUCGGAAGGCACAAAUCAAAGAACAAGGACAAGGACAAGACUCCGAAGCCGUCACCCGUUGUCGUACCUUCGCCGCCUCUACCCCUCCCGCCGCCGCCGCCAGUACCUGUGUCUACACGCUCUCGCCAGGACAGCGACCUCUCAUCCGUUAGACCUGCCUCCGCCGGCACUGCUAGUCACCGUAUCCAGGCCACCGCAUUUGACCGAAACGCUACCGAAAAUGCAAAGAUCAAUGUACGCAGACCACCCAAGGGCAUCAAGCACUGGUUCGAAGGUCUGGACUCGUCCGACGACGACUUGCCUGAAGUUGUGACUCCCGCCGAAACUAUCCACCGAUCUGCCUUCAACCCAGCACUCGGUCCCGGAAGAUCAAGAGUUGCGCCCACAUCACGUGUCACACCUAACUGUGAAGGUUCAUCGUCAGAUUACUUCCACUACCAAAGCUCCACACAUCAAGCAUAUUCGCAUCCUCAGAACCUGCAGGAGCGUAGCAUGCUGAACCUUUCAUCCGACGAAGAAGACGAUGAGCACUCCGAGCCUGCGUCACCACCGAGGUGGUUAGAUAAUUCGACCACCAACAACGUUCCCAUAGCAGAUUCGGAGAGCUGGUCCAAGACUGCUGCGACAAGACAGUCAACUUUCAGCAUGCAAACGACAAUGACCUCUGGAUCAAUCCCGAUUAUCAAUGCCGACAGCCUGGAAAUGGCUUACCGAACUCCUCUGCCUCCUCUUCCUACUCAAUAUCAACAAUAUACUGAUGUCAGCGCUGUCCCUGCUCCUCUACGCAAGCAGAAGUCUUACCACUUCUCAUCGCCCGGGCGCACACGAGCCACAAGUACUGCUUCGACCAUGCAGAGCGGUAACAGCGCCUCCACCACAGGUCAAUCUCAUGUCAUGACUGUGACUCAGGAAGAGAUGGCUUUACUGGAGAUGAUGCGUCGCAAGAGAGCCGAGAUGCAGACUCAAUCUACCCACCCCGCACGACGACACGAUUCAUCCAGCCAACCCUCCUACUCUGAUCGCAAGAAUUCUGCCGUGAGAAGCACCACUUCAUCGACCUUUUCACGAGGCAGUGCCAUGAGUAUCGGUCUGAUGCUUGAUGCUCCCGAAGGCACCGCUUUCCCUGCUCCUCCCAGCAACAGGAUUGUCCACGAGACACAGGACAUGAACUACUUCGCCCUCGACGAGAAACACAACAACAGAUCAUCAGACAUGUCGACACCCCACUCAUACAUGCUGGCCGAACUCGAGGCACCCACCGAGCAGUUGCAGGCCCUCUGCUUCCAACAGCCUCCCAAGUCUGCGAGCUCGAGUCAAAACAAGCUCGUGCCUUUUGAGAACACGGCCGAUCCUUACCGUCUAGCACCAGACCUCGAGCUUUCUUCCAUCGAUCUCUUGCCGCUCCCUGCUCGUACAUAUUCUCCCUCCCUCGCCGGCACCUGUAGCUCAGCCAUGACUCCCGAGUUCAGCAACCACAGCGCAAACCGCUUCAACGUUGCUGGCAGCGAAGGUAGCGAGACCAGCAGCGAGGCAGACAGAUACCGUAACAGUGUCAAGACCAUUGACAGUGCUGACAUGGAUGUCCUCACCGCAUGGGGACGCCUCGGUGGCCAGUAGACAUCCUUCUCUCCCUUGACUUUCCCUUUUGUACAUACCUCUGUUUUUCGCUCCAGCCUUUUUCGCUACUUCUUUCUCAUGAGAUCACGAUCAAAAAUCUGGAUAUGGGGGGAUCUUGUCUUAUUAGACAUUGGGGGCUUGGAGUAUUACCUUCUUCUUUAUAUUUCGAUGCUUAUACACCUUUUUGAUGUGGAUGGGAUUUAUUUGACGACGUAUUUACUUUUGCACGAAAGCUUAUUCUUUCUUCUGUCAAAUCGUUUCCUCUCUUCCUUCGACGACGUUGAAGCUUCUGUGAUAUAUAUCAUGCAUGUUGAUGGAUGCAUCUGCGACGUUGGUAGCUGUCUCGAGAUCACUGCGAAAAUUCUGCGCAAAGCCAACAUGGUGGUGUAUUAAUCAUCUACCUGCCAUCGCACAUAUACUAUGGCGACUCUAGCG